AUGACAAUUACAAAGUACUUCACAAGAUUCAAGAAGUUGUGGGAUCAACUGUUGAAUCUGGAGCUAUUACUAAAGUGCACCUAUGGAGCAAUCAAAACCUUAAAUGCUUCUCAUGAAAAGACUUAUGCUAUGAGGUUUUUGAUGGGUUUGAAUGAGAAUUUUGAGACUAUAAGGACUCAAAUUCUGAUGCAUGAGCCUUUUCCUUCGAUUAUCAAGAUUUAUGCCUUGGUUCUUCAAGAAGAGUCUCACAAGAAUGUAGGAUAUGAAGAAUAUUACACUAUCAAGUCAGAUUCAAUAGCAAUGUAUGCCAAUUUGAAGGGAAGAUAUAAACCAAAAGGAAGAUCAAGUGUUAAUCAGGUCACUCGCAAUCCGGGAACAGCAACUGAGAGUGUGUCAGUUCAAUGUCCCAUUUCUAAAGCUCAAUGUGAGCAAUUCUUGACUUUCCUUAAUCCUGGGAAUAAUUUUGGUAAGAAUUAUCAUGCAGCCAAUGUGAGUACUAGUAAUGGAUUACCAAAUUUGGCAUCUGGAGCUAUUGAUGUGUGUUCAUCUGCUGAUGAUCCUUCUAUUGCUGGUGUGGCUACCAAUAAACCACAUUGUCAAGCUAAUAAUUACCUUGAAACUAUGUCAGGUGCUACUAACCACAUGGUGCAUUCUGUAUCUUGUUUCACCACCAUAAUAGCCACAAUGAACACUCAUGUAAAUUUUCCAAAUGGUGAGGACCUUGCUCACUGGAACACACUUGGCCAGGGUAAAGAGUGCAAUGGCCUAUACCUGCUAGAAGAUAGCAAUUUUGUUCCUUCUUUUGUUUCAUCUGUUUCCUCUGUUAAUAAAACUCAGCCACAUAUAUGGCAUUUUAGGUUGGGACAUCCUUCCAAUACCAAACCGCUUUUACUCAAGUCAAUACCUACUAUUGAUUCCUACAAAUACUUCCUCACUAUAGUGGAUGAUCAUUCUAGAUGUACAUGGGUUUACUUGUUAAAGCACAAGUCACAAACUCAGUCCAUAUUAGAAUAA